UCGAGGGGCGGGCCAAUGGAGCGCGUGCAUCGUAUGAAGCUGCCCAAUAGGAGCGCGGGAGAGAGUUUAAAGGGGAGCAGCGGCGACGUGAGGCAGCAGUUGGGGUCUCUGUUUGCGGGGAGUCGCGCGGGUGGUAGCGGCCUCCCACAUCUCCGUACCAUGGCCGUAACGCGCCGCGCAGCCGUCACCAGGGGGUUGGAGAAUGCUGUGACUGAACUUAAUGGUAAAGCCAAAAGCCAAGUGACUGCUAAAAGGGCUGCUUUGGAAGAAAUAGGAAACAAAGUUACAACAAGAGGAACGCGUGUAACUAAGAAAACAGACUGCUUCAAAUCAUCCGUAAAGCCUAGUAAGAUGACGAAUACAAUUAUACUGCCUAAACCUCCAGCUGCUGUGAAACCAGUGCUCAAAGAAACUACUGUUCCAAAGGUUCUGUCUCCUGUCCCUAUGGAUGUGUCUAUGCAAGAAGAGGAUUUGUGCCAAGCCUUCUCUGAUGUGUUGCUCAACAAUGUAGAAGACAUCGAUGCGGAGGACUGUGGGAAUCCCCAGCUCUGUAGUGACUAUGUAAAGGAUAUCUAUCUGUAUCUGAGACAGCUUGAGCUGCAGCAGUUGGUGCGCCCACGUUACCUCGAUGGGAAGACAAUCAAUGGGCGUAUGCGUGCAAUUUUAGUUGACUGGCUUGUCCAGGUCCACUCAAGAUUCCAGCUUCUGCAGGAAACACUGUACAUGUGUGUUGCAAUUAUGGACCGCUUCUUACAAACUCAUUCAGUACCUCGUAAGAGACUUCAGUUGGUGGGUGUAACAGCGCUGCUUCUAGCUUCAAAAUACGAAGAGAUGUUCUCUCCUGAUAUAGCAGACUUUGUUUACAUUACUGACAAUGCUUACACUGGUGCUGAAGUUAGAGAAAUGGAGAUGACGAUUCUUAAAGAGUUGAACUUCGAUUUGGGGCGGCCUCUUCCACUUCAUUUCUUAAGAAGAGCAUCAAAAGCUGGAGAGGCUGAUGCUGAGCAACAUACACUAGCAAAAUACCUGAUGGAAUUGACAUUGAUAGACUAUGACAUGGUGCACCAUCAUCCUUCAGAGAUUGCAGCAGCUGCGUUAUGCUUGUCUCAAAAGAUUCUGGGACAGAACAAAUGGGGUACAAAGCAGCAGUACUACACUGGGUAUGCAGAAGACAGUCUUGUGAUGACUAUGAAACAUAUGGCCAAGAAUGUGGUUAAAGUAAAUGAGAACUUAACAAAAUACACUGCUAUAAAGAACAAGUAUGCGAGUAGCAAACUCCUGAGGAUCAGCACAAUCCCUCAACUGAACAGCAAGACAAUCAAGGACCUAGCAUCAUCACUCCUAUGAUAACCCUAGACAGAUGUAUCUGAUGAUAUGCACUUUGUCCUUAGUUGUCUAUUGAGGCAAAGCUACUGCUCUCUGUAAAUAGCAUUCCAGCCUUAUCACAGACGUUUCAGACCCUCUGAAGGUGAAAUUUUAAACUUGCUUUGUAAUACAACUGUAUGCUCAGAAAUAAAGCUCUUUUCUUUAAAAAAAAAA